AUGCAGACGUACCCGCGCGGCCCGCCCGCGAUCAACGCGGCAGCCCCGCAGUCAACGCGUAGGACUGCCGCGCGUCGUCAUCCGCGCCGCGCCGCACCCGUCGCGGCCCCACCCCCCCACGUCCCCCGCCCCCCGCCAGUCCGCACCCGUCGCGGCCCCUCCCGUCCACCAAUCACGCCGCCCGAGGCGCGCAUGCACGCAGGCGGUUUCACGCGCGUGCCGCCUGCCGCCGCUGUCGGCUCCUCGCCUGCCGCGCCACCGCUGCCGCCUGCCGGACGCCACCGCUGCCGCCUCCUCGCCUGCCGCGCGACCGCUGCCGCCUGCCGCCGCGCCUACCGGACGCCACCGCUGCCGCCUGCCGCCGCUGUCGGCUCCUCGCCUGCCGCCGCGCCUGCCGGACGCCACCGCUGCCGCCUCCUCACCUGCCAGCCGACAGGCCCGCCGCCUGGCCUGCCCCCUCUGGACGUGUCGAUCGCGGCGCCCGAGGGUCAAACCGCCUGCCACCUGCCCGCCUGCCGCGCGGUCAUUAACACGCCGGCGUUAUAG